AUGGCCGACACCGAGCCCACGUCCUCUUCGAAGCGCAAGAUCGACAUCGAGGAGAUCGAGGUCGACGUGACCGCCCCCGAGCCGCCGUCCAAGCGCGCCCGCCGUGCGCUCAAGAAGGGCAAGGCCCUCCCUGCGAAGCAAGAUAGCGACGAUGAGAGAAAGGGCGACAAGGAAGGCAAGGACAAGAAGGAUGCAACCCGGUCAGAGCAUGGCGUCUGGAUUGGCAACCUGCCCUUCUACCUCACGUCUGUCGAUCUGCGCAAGUGGCUCGUGGAUAACUCUGGAGAGGUCAUCUCUGAUGAGAUGAUUACCCGAGUCAAGCUUCCGACCACCAAAGAGCCCGGCCGUGACAAGAACGCCAAGCCCACCAACAAGGGUUUCGCCUACGUCGACUUUACAGACAUCGGCCCCAAGGUCGCCGCGAUUGCGCUCUCCGAGACAGAAAUUGGCGGACGAAAGCUCCUCAUCAAGGACGCCAAGUCCUUCGAGGGCCGCCCCAAGAAGGAGCCCGAGGCUGCUGCCGAUGAAGACACCCCCGAGGGCAAGGCGCAGGCCGCCAAGGAGCAGAAGAAGGAGGUCAACGCCAGCCGCAAGAUUUUCGUGGGCAACAUGGGCUUCAAGACAACCGACGACGACCUGCGCAGGAACUUUGAAAAGUGCGGCGAGAUCGAAUGGGUCAAGGUGGCUACCUUUGAGGACACGGGCAAGUGUAAGGGCUUUGGCUGGGUAAAGUUCAGCGAGCCCGAGGCUGCGGCGUGGGCUGUCAAGGGCUUCGUCAAGAUCAAGGAGGAGGUUGAAACAGAGGAGGACUUCAAGGACGAUGAAGACAGGGACGAGGACCGAAAGAAGCAGUACAAGAUGCGCAAGUGGUGGGUCAACAGGAUGCUGGGCCGCGAACUCAAGAUCGAGCUGGCCGAGGACGACCAGGCGCGGUACAAGAAGCGGUUCGGCAAGGACAGAAAGGCGAACGAUAACAACAGCAACCCUCGUGGCCGACCUCCGCCCAGGAGGUACGACCAGGCAGACAGCGAGGCCAAGAGCGAGGGUGGAGUGAAGCCCCUCAAGGAGGCCGAGGACAUUAAUGUCGCUAGGUUGACAGGCGCAGUGGUGAAGCACACAGGCACCAAGAUGACUUUUGACUAG